AUGGAGAUGGCGACAAAAAAAACAAAGGCUCGCCGAGCCAGCACCGGACCAGAACACGGUAUGAUAUCGACGGUGGAAGCUGCGGCGACGACAGAGCAACGAUUACCAUCCUUGAGCCUCGCCGUCUUGAACCUCGAGCCAGCAGGGUGCUAA